GCGGGCGACAGGCGCCUGGGAUGAUGCCGCCACCGCCACCGCCACCGCCGCUGCCGCCGCGGGACGGGUUCGGGUCUGGGUCGGACUCAGCCGGUGUGGGGAGCGGGACCGCCCCGGUCGUGGCGGCCACUGCGGGAGCGCACUGAACGGUCGCCUGUCAUGUCCAGGAAGAAGACCCCCAAGUGCAAGGGGGGCAGCGUGCCUGCUGCCUCCGCUCUGCCUGCUGCCAACGGGCCCCGACCGGUGCGUCCCGGGACUACGCACCCUGGCCCCGAGGCGCCGCCCAACGGGCCCCCGCAGUUCGGUCGGCCCUCGCUUGGCGGCGGUGGCGACUUCUACGACGUCGCCUUCAAGGUUAUGCUGGUGGGAGACUCAGGCGUGGGGAAGACCUGUCUGCUUGUACGCUUCAAGGAUGGUGCUUUCCUGGCAGGCACCUUCAUCUCCACUGUGGGCAUAGACUUCCGGAACAAAGUUUUGGACGUGGAUGGAGUGAAGGUGAAGCUGCAGAUCUGGGACACAGCUGGCCAGGAACGGUUCCGCAGUGUCACUCAUGCCUACUACCGAGACGCUCAUGCACUACUGCUACUCUAUGAUGUCACCAACAAGGCCUCCUUUGACAACAUCCAGGCUUGGCUGACAGAGAUCCAGGAGUAUGCCCAGCACAACGUGGUGCUCAUGCUGCUGGGGAACAAGGUGGACUCUGCUCAUGAACGUGUGGUGAAAAGGGAGGAUGGGGAGAAGCUGGCCAAGGAAUAUGGGUUGCCCUUCAUGGAGACCAGUGCCAAGUCAGGCCUCAAUGUGGACUUGGCCUUCACAGCCAUAGCAAAGGAGCUGAAACAGCGCUCCACGAAGGCUUCCAGCGAGCCGCGCUUCCGGCUGCACGAGUAUGUUAAAAAUGAGGGUCAAGGGUCUUCCUGCUGCCGAUCCUGAACCUAGCUGAGCUCAAUUCCACUCUGGAGGAAGCAGCACAGACCUGGAAGGCUGGACAGAGGAUUUUCAGGCCCUUUUGACUUCACACAGUGGCCAUCCCAGUGGUGUCCAUUUCCAGGACUCCCAUCCAAGCCUCACCCCUUCCUUGUUUAAGCUGUAGUCAUUAAUCUUCAGUCCCAACAUGCAGGCUUCAAAGCCAUCACAGAAAAACAAAGGUCUUGAGCCCAGGAGGGGGCGCCCAGCAAGUGUACUGACAAGAAUGAAGGGCUUUGCUGCCCCCUGCCGGGCACUCCCAGUGUGCCACAGGCCAGCAUAUACAUUACAGCAACUGACCUUAGAAAAUUCAUGCCUUCAGCCAGACGCUGUUUAGGCAGGAAUCCCCAUACUUGGGACAGAGGGCUUCACUGAUAACAACAUCCUGUAUUUGUGUGCCCUAAGGUCCAGAGCCACCCACUCCCAGCUAGGAAGCUCUGGUUCACCAAAUGGAUCCUCUCAUGUGACCCUGGAGGACACCAAAGCUGUGAUUUUUAAUACAGGGAACAGCAUAUGGGAAAUCACAGUAGUGUCAGAAAAUUAGGACCAACAGCCCUAACCUACUGACCAGGGUACCAACUUAGCAGGUCAGGGCACCUGCUCACAACUAAAGCCUGUGGUUGCCAAGCUCUCUCCAUCUUACAUGAAGUUAUCAAACCAGUCUUUUGAUUGUGAGCCUGUCUU